AACUCUCGACUGCUGCUGCUGCUUUCAUGCAGAGACAGAGGCAAAGGCAGACGGUAAACGGAGACUUUAGUUUAGUCGCGACGCCCGAUCCGAGCGAACAGGUUGCUGCUACAAGCCAACAGUUCAACACAACAGUUGAAGACGGUCAGAAGUUGUACGCACGCUCCGAAGGGACGAGACACCCAUCAACAUCUGUUGAAACCCUACACCCCUCAAUAAAAAAAUAUAAUAACACUCGACCACUGAACUGUUGACGCGUUCGAACGUAUAUUCAGAACAUGCUCUCAUUUAGGCAACGUUUUAACACCUCCAGACAAGAACAUUCUUUGUUGUGAAUACUUUGUGUGCCAUCUUCUACGCUCCUCGUCAAUCUCAUCCUCGAGCUGUCUACGAUCUCUCAAAAUAAAAAAUAAUAAGGACUAAGGAAGAAAAAAUUAAAGGGAUCUGCAGAUAUGGUUUUAGUGCUGAAUGGAGUGCUGCAGGAGGACUGUCCUCCUGACACGAGGUCGCUGUACCAUGCCCAUCCUGUUUACAGGGAUACGGCAGCCCAACUUCUGGCAAUUCCCAACAAAGUUAUAGGCCCCGUGGGUCUACUCUACGUCCAGCAGAGAGAGCUGGCCGCUACAGUGCCCCACGAUAAGAACGUCAAUAUCCUCGGCUCCGACGACGCCACGACCUGCAUCAUAGUAGUCGUCCGACACUCAGGAUCUGGCGCUGUGGCUUUGGCCCAUCUCGAUGGAUCCGGCACCGAUGAGGCUGUCUGCACGAUGGUGCAAAGAGUCCAGGAGUUGGCCUUAGGUUAUCCGGAAGGACGCAUUGAGCUACAGUUGGUUGGAGGCUUCAGCGACGCCCAUCAUUACUCAGAAGAACUCUUCUACAACAUAAUGAAUUCCUUUCACAAACAUCCAGUGGAAAUUGACUUGACAUUGGCUUGUGUGGGCGAAUUGAACACGACGAUACGCGGUGGCAUCCAUUGGCCAAUGAUUUGUGGAGUUGGAGUGAACGUAAAAACUGGAGAGAUCUUCCCCGCGACGUUCCCAGACAAAGGUCCCGAUCAGGCCCUCAGGUGCGCCAAGUAUCUGACAGGAGUUGCACAGGUAAUCAUAAAAAAGGCCUAUCUAUAUAUUGUAUACUUAACAGAGAACCCGUUUACGCGUUUGCAGGUAUUGGAUAUUUACGAUAGUAAUUUAGGCUUCUUGAGAAUUGGGCCAUUUAAUUACGAACCCUUGAGGGGAGUCGACUUGUGGUUGGAGCAGAGCGACGAUUUCAUUCUGCAGCAUCUGUCCACAUCGCCGGAAGUGGAACCACCACAUUUCGUGAUGCAGAUAAGGGCAACAUUAAAGUACAUCCAGGACAAUCAGUUUCCUGCGGUGACCGUCUUCCGGGAUAAUCGUCCUCACUAUUUCCGGCGGGAUGAGCACUCCGGAACUUGGCAACCGGUCAGAUAUUGAAUCCGGAAGAAUUCGCAAGAAAACAACAAGAAAAAGAAGAACGUACACAUAAAACAUGAUUAUAAAGGGCCGGAUAUUUUUCUCGGAUUAUUAUUACAAUUAUAGUUAUUAUCGAUUUAGAAUAUGUAUACAUAUUUUUUACAAAAUAGGUUUUUUUUGUAAUUUGUAAAGUUUUAUCUUCACAUCUUGUACAUACAUGAAAAGAAUAUAUAUUUUUAUUAUGUUUUGUUUAUUUUUUUUUAACGUAAGCAAAUUUAUUGUGAUCGAGACUAACUACAAAACACUGUUUGCGAUUCACCAUUGAGUCGUUGUUAUUAUUAUUAUUUUUUGUCUGUUUAAAUAGUUAAUAUGUUCGGAAUAGAUUUUAAAACCUUUGCAGAAGAUUUCACUUUAAUCGACACUAUAAUAUUUAUAUAUAAAUAAUUAUGUGUACGACGAAUAAAAGUGUACUCUUUCUUUUUAUUAUUCUAUUUUAUGUUUUAGUGAAAAUAAGUCAUACCUUGUUAUUAUUAGAGCCUUUUUGUUAAUUUGGGUUGUUGAAUAAUGAAAUAAAUGAUAUUUCAUUGCUUAA